GGUAGCCAUGACAACAAAACAACUUGUUUCUGAUAAAACCUUCACUUUUCACCGGCCGCUUUUGGAAUAUUAGCAUAAAGUAGCAUUAGAAAAAUAAGAUCCUCGGAAUGGACAAGCCUCAGAUGAUCGAACACCUUCACGAGAGUGUCAACUACACAGUAUACGAUACGAAAUGGGUGCCCCUUUCCGCAAAGUUCGUUGUUCUGGGCUCCAAGGCCAACGGGCAUGGAGUGAUGGACAUCUACGAACUUAAUCAGGACAAGCUCGAGAAAGUGAAGUCUGUAGACAAAAAGGUGGCAUUCAAGUGCGGCACCUUCGGGGCAGCUUCGCUAAGGAACCGCCACAUGGCUAUCGGCGACUUCGAAGGCAGGCUGCAAGUUCUAGAUAUGGAGCAACCAGAUCUUCCGGUUUACAAUGUUAAGGCUCACAGUGCCAUUAUCAAUGCCAUCGACGCAAUUGGAGGUACUCAGAUCGAUUGUGGAGCACCGGAAAUCGUUACUGGCAGCCGGGAUGGCGCUGUUAAAGUCUGGGAUAUCCGUCAAGGUCAGGCUCCUGUGGUAGACAUGUCUCCACCGCCGCAAAUGGGUGAUGGCGUUAACCAAAGUAGCGCUCGCCGGGAUUGCUGGGCAGUGGCCUUCGGAAAUACUUACAAUUCCGAGGAGCGCAUUGUUGCUGCUGGUUAUGACAACGGAGAUCUGAAGAUUUUUGACCUUCGAAUGCUUUCCGUGCGCUGGGAGUCAACCAUGAAGAAUGGGAUCUGCGGCCUCGAGUUCGAUCGACGGGAUAUUCCUAUGAACAAACUGGCUGUGACCACCUUGGAGGGCGGACUUCUUGUAUACGAUAUGAGAACCCAGCAUCCGACGAAAGGUUUUAGUUACGUGGAGGAACGCAACGCCGGUCGUAGCGUAGGAUCAAAUGGCGUGAUCAGCGGUCCUAAAGCAACCGUGUGGGUGGUUCGUCAUUUGCCCCAAAACAGAGAUCUCUUCCUCACUGGCGGCGGAACUGGAUCGAUUCGCUUGUGGCAGUACGAGUAUCCCGAUAGGAGGGUCAUUGAUGACUCGGAUGGCAUCAAGAUGGGAGUAGCUGGAUCGCUGAACAUGGUCAGUGCAGUCACGAUUAGCACCCAACCGGUUCACUGCUUCGACUGGCAUCCCGAUAAGCUUGGCCUAGCGGUUUGUGGAGCCUUCGAUCAGAGUGUUCGCGUUUUGAUCACCACCAAGUUGAAUACGUACUAAGUAUAAAUCGAUAAAGAAGAAACUAAGGAAAACGCCACAUACUUGUGAUAAGGGAUCAUGGGUAAAAGCUUAGGUUUAUAUUUUUAUGAAUUGCGAAUUGUAAAGCUUCUAAAUAGGAUUUUCCAAGUGCAAAUUUACCUCUUUACUGCUCAAUGCCAUUAAAUCACAAAAACAAGAUCAUCCAACUGACCUGAAUUAUAUCACAAAUCAAAACUAGCAUACAAAAAUAUAAGUAGUGAAGCAAUAAAUGUACAUUUAUAAAACAAUA